CCCAAAUUGAUUGUGCAUCGUGAAAACCUGGUAUUUUACUGCAAAUGCUCCCAGGUUUAAAGUUGAUUAUGAACACAAAGUUUUGUAAAUGGCAGAAGAUAUUCGUUUUCAGACUGUGUUGUUGAUUUUUCUUUGCUCUCGUGCUUCGAAACGGGUUAUUUAGUGAGGGAAAUCGUUCGGGCUCAAAGUCAAUUUUCAGGCGGUCAGCCAUUCGGGAAUGCCACGUCAAAAACGGGAAGAGCCACCCUCUUUCAAACGGUCCCAUGAUGACGCCAUUUGUCAGGCUGGUGUCGUGCAGGGAACGGUCAUUAAAAAGAUCCGAACCACAGGGGACCAACUCAGUGCGGCGAGUGAUUUGGCUGAAAGUGAACCACUCAAAGUGGAUGUCAUAGAUGAUACCUUCCAAGGCACAUUUGUAGUGCAGAACACAGACAUUCGAGGUGAUCUUGUCUACCCAGUCAGUGUUAUUGGCCAUGAAGAGUUUAGUAUCGGAUCAAAUAAUAAGGUGGACAACUCUGAAAAUAUAUCAAGGGAGAGAAGUCUAUCCAUGUCAUCAGCUCCUGAACAGAUUAAUAGGUCACUUGAAGCACUGUUUAAGGUGACAGAUAAUGAGUUACAGGCAAUUACUCAGCAAGUGCCAGAAGAUGAACAGCAGAUAUUAGACCUGGACCAUGUUGACCAAUCAGAAAUGGUCUAUGUUCAAGAGGACAGCAUACAAGACAGGGAGGAGCUUAUUGAGGAGGGCCAAGUAACAGAAGAUGAAGUAGAGGAGGUCACAGACUCUGAUAUUGAUGAAGCAGAAGAAGCAGAGCCUCAGGAGAAUGAUGUCGAACAACCUGCAUCAGAGGAAGAAGCAACUCAGAAUUUCGGAUCAAAGUGGCGGCAGUUCAAGAACAUAGAGAGAAUACUGCAGAAGGCUGGCAUAGAUACCAGCUCCAAGACCUGGAUGACAAUGACAAGGCCUGGGCGCCACAUUUGUCCUUACUGCCAGCGGGCUUGUUCCAAACCCAGCGUACUGGAAAAGCACAUUCGAGCCCACACCGGAGAACGACCUUUUCCAUGUCUAAUUUGUGGGUUUUCUUUCAAGACGAAAAGUAACCUAUAUAAACACUGCAAGUCUCGGGCACAUGUCCUCAAAAUGAACUUGGAAGUAAAGAAACGAGAGUUACAGUCAAGUGAGAACGAACAUGAAAUAGUUAUAACAGAAACUGAUGAUGCAAUUACCGCUGAAUUUUCUGGAACCCGCAUUAAGUCGACCUCCUUGAGUGAAGUGACACAGAAAGAGCCUGCUCAGAGGCAUGUCAUCCAAGAAGUCGUAAAGUAUCUAGAGAAAGACAAAGACCAACGACCAAGUGAGGUCCAGACUGAGAGACAGCGGGCCAAAUUGGAGAGACUGAAAUCGAUGCAAGACAAAGAAACAAAGGACACCAACAAACGAGAUGGAGUAAGAAUACACAGACAGUACAGCAUGCCCAUCCUGCAGUUAGGAACAGCCGGGAUAUCUCAUGCUCAGUCAUCAGACAUUGAAAAGCAACAUUUUCAAAAUGCAUCAGAUUACAUUGUAGCAGGAUCAAUAUCAAAUGAAUCUAGUGCUACACAGGUUGAUAUGGCUUCUGACACUCACACUUUUGCUGAAUCUGACCUAGAAAGUCCAAAGGGAUAUCAGAUAGAGAUUGUUAACUUGCCUGAUCCAGAUGCUGACCCUGCUUUGGCAAACAAAGCUCUCAAAGAUCUGGAAGAACUUAUUGAAAAGUACUCAAAGUUGUGCACGGAUGGAGUUCAGUUGUCCACAUCUGUCAGGACUCUAACGGACAAGAAACUUCAAGUAGUCUUACAGCUUUGUCACAUUCGAAAGUCGUCAUCAUCUGAUUCUGGAUUUUCAGAUAUUCCUAAAACGCCAUCUACGCCACUCUCUGGGGGUAAAAGUGCACUAAAUUCAGUUCUCACAGAACGAAUCCAGCAGUUAAUUUCGGCCAAUGCAGCCAUUAUAGAUACACCGAAGCCUGAACCACCACGAGCCAAAUGCUUGAAGCGCAAUUUGUCACGGCAAGAUAGCGAGGUUUUUACUUACAACAGAAAUGAAGCUGAGGCGGCUAUUUCAGGCCUUCUCAGCUCCAAUUCUGGCCAAAGUGUGAUACACACAAGUAUAGAAUCGUCUCAAAAAUUACCCUCUGUUGCAGAAGCAAGUCUGAUCGCGACACCAGUAAAACGGCACAAAAGUGUCAUCGUGGAGAAGUUUAUCCAUUCAGAACCAGGAAAUGCUAUGGAACAAAUGGUUACUAUUCAAACGGCACUAAGUUCCGCUUCUCCAGUGUCAGUGAUCCCAAAUAUUGCAUACAUUCAAAGCUCAAGUCUUAGCUUUCAGCCGACCUCUUCUUCAGUGCAUAAAACUGUCAUUGCAAGUAAUCUUAAAACAUCCCAGCCAGCAGCUCUGGGAAAUCUAUCAGGGAAAGGCUCACUUGGCAAAAUGUCAAGACCUGAGUUUGAGUUGCCAUUGACCACCACCUAUCUUCCUUUGAGCAGAAGUCCUGUACUAGUAUCUCAGUUAAAUCGUCUACAACAGGCCUCUUCUUGUGUCACAUCCGUCAUUUGUUCCCCGGUGCAAUCCAUAGCACCAUCUCCUAUGAAGUCACCUAGACCUGGGCUUGAGAGAAUUCAAACACCAGGACAUAUUGGUAAGAUAGCACUGAAGAACCUACAAAUGCGUUCAAAAAGUUUGUCAAGCCUGAAGCCACCCACACCCAGUUCCUCGACACCGGUUGUGAUGACCCCUGGCGGAGAUCAGCAGCUUUACACAGUAAUACAAUCUAGUUCUGCGCCAGGCCAGCAACAGUAUGUGGUACAAAUGCCAGUUAGGGCUGCAGCAACACCAACAAUUCCUGUAGCACAGAUUCUCUUGCCUGGCUCCACAGUACCUGUGCUGAUUGUCCAGGAGUCACCUACCAUAACCUCGCAUCCUCAACAGCAGGCCUUGAUCAUGCAGAACAGUUCCCAGGGUUCACAGUUAAGUCGCAGUAGUAGUCUGAGUUUUAUACAAACCCCAGGAGGCUCUGGUGUGAGCCUGGUACAUACGUCCAAUAGCACUGGCGUCAGUUUUGUGCAUACGCCAGGGACUCCUGGUAUCUCCUAUGUUCUUGCACCCCACAGUUCAUCUGCAAGUGUUUUAGGCACAAUAGCCAGUCCUGGAUUUAGUGGUAUAUCUCAAGCGCCUCUGCGCACGUUGACACACAUUCUUCCCUCAACGCAAGGUCAUGAUGGUCAAUCUGAUUUAGGUCAAGGUCAAAAAUUCACUGGACAGAGCAUUACAACUGCAAGAAUCCUUACCCCAGUGAAAGGGGUCUCUAAACCAAUUGGUGCCCACUUAUUUUCAAAAUCGCCAGACCCGAUGAAGAUAUUGAACACAAUUGUUUCCAAUACAGUCAACCAACAGUUGAUAGACGGCCCUGGGGGCAGAGCUAAGGAAAUCAAGAUUGAGAUCCAGAUUCCCCCACCAGCCUUGCAGUCACCUUCUGGAAACCUGCCCAGAUCUGCAAUACCAAUGGCAAUAUGCGAAAAACUUAUGAACAGACAAAACGCAGCUACCAUGGGAACCUAUGCAGCAAAUUCUCCUCGAUGUCAAACCCCCGGUACCCCUCUGAGGCACACUCCUACAGUUGCUUUCAGGUUUGAUCCUCCUCUAGUCAAAUCUCAGGGCUCUCCUGAUCAAUUUCAACCUCAGCUGAAACCUUGCGGCGGGUCUAUGGAUGAAAAUGUAAGUUACCCAAAUACUCCAAUAUUAAUAAAAAGCUCUAAAGUUCAGCUUCCAAAUUCCUUCCAGACCAGCGAAUCUCUGGCAAAGUGGGUAAAAAGUGUACAAGAGCAACAACAGCGGACGGAAGCUUUGGGUGAGAAGCCUGAGUCAGGUUUGAGGUGCCAAUAUUGUGGUAUUGUUUUUAAGAAGUCUGCCACUCUGGAGCUGCAUAUGCUCUGCUACUGCAAACAGAAAAAAGAUAAAGAACAGCCUACAAAAUCUCUGAGCUCAGUGGUUGCAACAACUUCCCAGUAUGUUGCACAAAAACUGACUGACCAGCCAUCCCCAAGUGGGCUCUUCACAAUUUCACCUGCGAGUUCAUCAAAAGUGUUUGAAAAGCCAUUCUUGUUUUCUGCCCUGACAUCAAAUAUUGUUCUGCCUAGCAAACCCAGCGAAACUACUAUAACACGAGGCAAAUCUGGCAACUGGAAAUCAAUAAAAGCAAAAACAAUUGAUAUUCCUGUGUUGAAGCCAUCAAGUAAUGAAGCUGAGGCUGGUUGGCAACAGAAGUUGAAAGGUCAGAUUUUGAAAAGGAAGCUAAAAGGGAAGUUACUGAUGAAAAGGUCUGCUAGUGUUGAUGCUGAUAGUGAAACAAGGCAUCAGAUCCCAAACAAAAUUGGUUUGAAGUCACGUUUUGAUGAUGUUGACCUGUAUAAAGGCUCUACGCAAGUAAAGCAUGCUAGGCUUGUUAGAUCUGUUGAUGAAACUGUUGAAGGUGGUGUCACAAUUCAGAGGCCAGUGUUUGUGAGAUCGGAUUCUCUACCUUUAAUACCAAAAGAAAAACUAUUACCCCUAAGUGCAGAAAAUGACCACAAGUUAAAAAAUGACACAAAAGUGGAAAUAAUUGAGGAAGAAAAAGAUGUGAAAGAAAGCAAAAACAUUGAAGACUGGAAACUGAAUAAUGUCACUGUUCCCGUCAUGACUGCUGACUUGGUUAUUAAUAUGCCUAGCAUUGUUCGACCCAUUUAUCAACAGAACUAUAAAAUGAAAGCUUUUGUUGGCAUGGGAACACCAUUGCAGUUCUUGCCCUCAGCUACUCUUACCCCUCGACCAGAACUAAUGGAAAUCGAAAAGGUUCGGAAGAUGUUCUCGUUUGAUUCUAAGACACUUAGACUGGUGGCAAGGACCGAUGUUGAAUCCAGUUCAUUUGUAGACUCUUUAAAGUCAUCUGAUGAAGAUGCAAGCAGAAGUGGUAGCGUGAAAUCGUCACCCUCGUCUGCAAAGAGCCCCAAAUUGUUGUCUCCAGAUACCCCAAUAAGUGUUCGAAAAAGCCCGUUCUUGCACCAGUUUUCCCUUGUCAGCCACACCUACCCUUCCAUGAGAAGCAUAACCCACUUAACCUUUUGUACCAAGGAUCGUCUUCAGCCUUGCUACGUCAAAGCGAAUAAAAAGAUCUCCAUGUACUCGAACUGGCGAGUGGCCAAACAGGACAGCAAUCCACUCGGUCUGGCUACGAGGCCUCUGCUGUCUCUGUACAACUCCCGCUAUACCACCAACCCAGUGUGGCAGACGAAUUGCGGUGCAAAUCCCAGGCAAAGCCUACUUACGCAUAGCAGUUAUUGGAAACACAAACAAGGAAAGUUGGGUUCGGACAAGAAACUUGCUAUAUCCCUGGAACAGUUGAAAAGAAAAGGUAGCAAAGUCAGCGUACAGGGUGGUUAUAAAAGCACUGAGGCCUAUGUCUACGUUAGGGGCAGAGGAAGGGGAAAAUAUGUCUGUGAAACCUGCGGUAUCCGGUGUAAGAAGCCGAGUAUGCUGAAGAAGCACAUACGAACGCAUACAAAUUUACGGCCAUAUAAAUGCAGGCAGUGUAAAUUUUCAUUUAAGACUAAAGGCAACUUAACGAAGCACAUGAAGUCGAAAUCACAUUCAAAGAAGUGUCUAGAGCUGGGCAUAAGUCCGGUUCCAGUGUCCAUUGAUGAGACGCAAAUAGACGAAUCAGCCCUCGAGGCUCAAUGUAGCAUUUCAAAAUGUGUGAAAAUCGUUGACAAAGCAAACACACAUUUGGAUAAAGGUGAACUCGAGCCAAUGUUAGAGGAAGAGGAAUGUGAUGAUGCAGGAAGUGAGGAAGAGGAGGAGGAAGAAGAGGAUGAUGAGGGGGAGGAGGGACAGAGUCUGGACAAGGAGGGAUCAGAACAGGGGUCAGAGGGGCCCGCCAGGGAUGGGGACCACUUGGAGGAGGAAAAGCCAGAGAUCAGCGUUGACAUAAUGGAAGUGGAAAGCAUUUCUGAGCAUAAAGCAAAACCAGUCGAGCUGACCCCAGCCCAGUCCCAGCACAGUCAGCUGCUGGAGUCGCUAGGGGUCAUCGCUAGGCAACAGCAGGACACCUCGUUGGUUUCUAUGGCAACAACCCAGUCUGCUGCUUUGACUGGUUCCUUGGUAAGGAAGAGUUCCCUCACGCAGACUGGUAUUGUAUCCCCGCAGAUUGACAGUGGAUUGCUGAACCAGUCUGUUGGUAGCGUUGCUGUGACUACACCAGUGGAACUGUCAAUAUCUUCUUCAAGUGAUACUGCAAGUUUGAUGACAAUAUAUGGGAACUUUGCAGAUGGAACAGAGAAGACCUCCAAGGACAGUGAUGUAAUCUGGGGCCUGCUGAGGCUGUCAGACGAGAAGUCCUCCAGUCAGGGUGAGGGAACUUCAAAGCAAUCUGGUGCAGAUGAACAAACAGACCAGGAGGUAUCAGAGUCCCCACCACUCUUAAGCACAUCAACAGGCAAACCUGUUGUCAUGACAACCAGUGACCUUUCACGAUCCUCAUCGCCUGAAAGACUAGUUCCUACAUUCCUUAGUCUGGCCUCUGGCAUCAAGGCAAUCAGCACACACCACAGUGGUCCAAUCAUUGGACAGAUCUUAAAGAGCAUUGCAAGUAGCAAACAGUCAAGUGAGGAGAUCGAUCACUUGGGGAGCAAGGAUACCAUUGCCUUUGUGCCGUUCCAAUUCCAGCAUCCAUUCCCUGGCAGCCAGUCUGUUUCCAUAGCAACCUCUGAACCCUUGACCUCUGAACAAGUUGUUGUUGGUAACCAGCCUGAUGAUGUGGAGGGAGAUGAACCUGAUGUUGAAAUGAUUACAUCAGAGAAGAAGCUCUCAUCAGAUGAGUCAGAAAAUUGUAUUAAUGAUUAUUCAGGUCGAAGGUCAACACGAGGUCGGCUGUCAGGUCAAGGUCAUGAGUUUGUGUCUGGUACAUCUGUUGACAAUUCCUUUCAUAAAUCUGCUAGUUCUGAUAAUUCGGGUGUAUCAAGCCAAAUAGACGAAAGUACAGUCUGGAUAUUACCGCAUUCGUUUCCCGUAUUGACUGUGGUUGAAUCUGCUUGUGAGGAGGAAAAUGAUGUUUCUCCCCAUAUUGGAAACUCUAGAACUAUUCAGGCUGAGAUUGUGAGUAUUGACCCUGUUAUAUUUCACCAAGAACAGAAAAAACUGACUGGGAUUGAGAACAUCCAUUGGGAUCCCCAUCAUGUGCUAAAUACAGAUCAGGUAUCUACUUGUGAGAAUGAUGUAUCCUACCAAGUUGAUCAGUAUCCACACAAGUGCAGUUUUUGUUCAGCUGAAUUUUCUGAACUAAACCAGCUAAUAGUGCAUGGUAAUGUACACAUUAUUGAAGCUAAACAUAAUCAGCACAAGGAGAACGAAAGUGUUAAGUUUUCAUUUGAGCACCAGAAUGUUCGGUCUCCAAAGCCGACCUCGCCAAGUAUAAAACAUGCCAUUGAAAACCCAGAUAGUGAAACCAUUGAAGUUUUGGAUGGGCCAAGGCCGUACCGCUGUAUCUACUGUGAUGUUUCAUUCAGAUCCUACGGAUAUUUGCAUAAACACAGAAUGUCCAAGUAUCACUUUCACACUCUUGAGGCUAGCGGAAAGCUAGAAAAGGGAACCUGGGAAAAUAUUAAAAACCACAUCAACGACAUUGAUACCACAAACUUAGAAACUUUGAAUAGUUCAAUUCAGUGGGUGCUGGGCUCGAAAGACCUUGAAAACCAGCAAAAGGUGAUUGUAGAACCAAUCAGCCAUCACAGUUACCAUGGUGAAAAUAACCAUGCUUACCAAGAAGAAACAGUUGUGGUAUCAGAAGAAAAUGCUGAUAUUGAAGAGGGCAUAGAAAUCUGUAUAAAACCGUUGCCAUCCACCACUGCUCCUGAAGAUACAUGUGAGAUGUUUAUAUGCAGUCUUUGCCAUAUUAAGUUCAAGGAUGAGAUUAAGUUCAAGACCCACAUGUUGAGCCACGCAGAGUUACGACCCUUUGUGUGCCAGUACUGUGACGCUGGGUUCACCAACGCCAAUGCCCUCACUCUUCAUCUUCGCUCCCACACGCAGGAGCUGCCAUUCGUCUGUGGUCCGUGUGGGGAGAUGUUUUCUGACGCACAGCUGCUUGUAGAGCACUACAAAUCAAGGCAUAAUUUACGCGAUGUAACCUUGAACACUAACAUUGCUUUGUUACCCAGCAACAGUAUUACGCCAAAGGUUGCGACUACCCGAUUGGUUAGCACUCUGCCUAGCAACGUUCCCACCCAAGAUAAAAAGCACAUCAAGUCUGAAUCCUUUUUUAAGGUGGCUGAAAAAGGGAUUUGCUUGGCCAUUCCUUCCCAAACAUCGCUGGCAUUGUCCAAUGUCAAACUUGAGACUUCUGUUGUUGUCUUGGAAACAGGGAAUGCAUCUGAAGCUGAAAUAGAUAGGGAUGUGAAAUCAGUUGGGCCGGAUGUUUGUCUGGCAGAAACUACCUCCGUUAAUUCUGAAUCUGUGACAACCCACCUAGAGGAAACCAUGGCAUCUGGGUGUGACAAUAAAUUAAACAAGAGAGAACUUGCUUUGAGUGAAACAGAGACUUGUGUGUCCAUGGAAACUGAGUAGACUGAUGAUGUAAAUAUGUCUGUAGAUACUUAGCCUUAUGGAGACUAAUUUGAACAUGUCCUUGGUGACACUGUGAAUAUAUCACCAUGUAGAGAAGAAGAUAGCAUGGACUAGGGGCUAGGUUCUCAAAGCACCCUAAUUUUAACUAAAGUAGUAUUUUCCAGAAAAAAUCUUAUUACAAAAUGUAUUGUUAACAUCAACUUAUUAUAAUAUUGUAAUGAAAUAAGUGUAAAAUAUGAUAGUAUACUUAUCUGAUAAAUAACAUUAAUUGUUCACAUGAACUUAUAUUCAAUGGAACCAUUUAGCUAACAAUCCUUGACAUGGAACUGUUUGUACAUGUGUACAUAAUGAGCUGAUUUUGACCUUGUGCAGUUUUGAAGAGUCUGAAGAUAAUAAUAAUAAUUUGCGCCUUUUGUGCAAAAAGGUACCAUGUGAUAUUGAUAUUAGAAGGCACAUGGUACCUUUUUUGCUCCAAUAGGUCAAUAUGACUUUGGUCCCAAGUUCCCAACUGUUAGGGAAAAUGAUGGCAAGCUAUCUAGUUCAUACUAACACAAAUAACUGAUGCUUUAAAUAGGCAUUCAAGAAUAUUGUAUGGUUUAAAUGCAUUUUCAAGGGAAUGCAUGAUGCCUACAUUUAUACUUGAGCCCUUGCUUAACCCUUUCAGUGCGGGAACCAAAUUUUAAA